AUGCAGAAUCAUCCCGGAUUACUGAGACAAAGAGGACACAGUUGGACUUAUCAUAAAGGUUUAUUACGUCAAAAAGGCGGAGCAGUAGGUUCUAUCAUCUCUGGAUUGGUGGGAGCCCUUCCCUUGGAUAAUCUAUCGGGAACUCCUCUUACAGGAUUACUCAAAUUGGGUAGGCUUUUAACUCACAUGAAACCUCAAAAAGGAGGAAAUUUUUUAAACUUCCUCUCGGCAGCAGUCCCUAACAUACCCCUACCGGGCAUAGGCUCAGGUUUGACUCUCAAAGAAGCGACCAAGUUAGCCAUGGGGCCACAAAAAGGUCGAGGAUUUGUCAAAGAUUUACUCAAACAUGGGAAACAACAAGCCAUCAUGGCCGGAGUGAAGAUAGGCAGGGAUGUGCCCGAUUCCUGUGCGUGUGGGAUGAACAAUUUACAAUUGUUUCAAGUCCCUCCGACUAAUAUUGCUUUAGAAGACUCGAAAUGGGAAGAAUAUUACCCCAUUUCCAGUACUUUAGAUUCCGACACCGCUCCCAUCGAAUUUGAAAUCAAAGGACAAGGAGAUCACUAUCUGGAUUUAUCUCAAACUUAUGUUCAAAUGGUAUGUAAAUUUACCAAAGACGAUGGAAGUAAUCUGACUGGGGCGAACAGCACUUCCAGUCCCGUGAAUAAUAUCUUACAUUCCAUGUUUACGGAAAUCGAUGUCAGUCUGAAUGGAAAAAUAGUGACUCCAGGGACGGAUACCUAUCCUUACAAAGCUUAUCUGGAGAAAUUAUUGUCUUACCGACCCAGAACUUUAAAGACACAGACGAGGGCCUGUAGUCUGUGGGAAAAAGAUACGGCAGGACACAUGGACGAAGUGGGGUUAGAGGCUCUUGGUGUAGCUCAAAAUAAAACCUUUGAUGUAACUCAGGGUCAAGAUGGUGGUGCCGACACGGUGACCAUUAACCAACCCAUCCUCACAGCGUUACCGGCCAAUUCUAAAAACGAAGGAUUCCGAAAAAGACACCAAGCUAUUGCUGACAGGACCCAGUCUAAGAUUACGGAUCAUCUGUUUCAAGGUCAGAUGCCUAAACGUCUCAUUUUAGGCUUUGUGGAGAAUGCGGCCUUUAACGGAGAUAAAACUAAAAAUCCCUUUCAUUUCCAAAACUUUGGGAUCAAGAAAUUAGAUGUCAGUAUCAACGGAGAGACCAUGAGUACUCGUUGUUUUGAGCCUAAUUUCAACGACGAUUUAUAUCUGAGAUCAUAUCUCAGUCUGUAUCAAGCUCUGGGGAAAUUAGGAGAAGAUUGGGCUCCGGACAUCACCCUAGAAGAGUAUAAAAGCGGCUACACUCUAUGGGGCUGGGAUUUCACUAAAGAUCAAGAAGCGCAAUCGGAUAAAUUCCACAUCAUAGAAACAGGAAAUCUGAGAGUAGAAGUGCAGUUUACCAACAAUACGGUUAACACCAUCAAUUGUGUGGUGUAUGCAGAAUUCGAUAACUUAUUAGAAAUUAACAAACAGAGAGAAGUGAGCAUUGAUUACUAA